AUGAGAGUUGAAGUUUUAUUAGCUAUUUUGCCAGCAGUUUUAGCUGCUGAAACCGCUUCAAGUGAUGCUGCUCAACCAAGUGAAAGUUGUAACCUGCACUGUAGUUUGGUUGUUGAAGCUCAAAGCAAGUUUUGUCCAAAUGAUACCACUGGUUCUUGUCUUUGUUCCUUGUCAGUUGAUGAUUUUUGGAAACACUAUGCUGAAUGUAAUUGCACCAACCCUGAAGGUUUAGAAGCUGAAGCUGCUAAAAGCAAAGAAUGUGCCACUGUUCAAGCUGGAUCACAAGCUGAAGCUGCUGCUACCAGUGCACCUGAAGCUAGUUCUGAAGCUGCUGCUCCUGUUGCUAUAGAAAGUGUUGCUACUGAUGCUGCUAGUGAAGUUGCUGCUGAAGCAUCAAGUGCCCAAGCUGAAGGUGUUGCAUCUUCUGUUGCUGCCACUGUUCCAUCUGAAGCUGUUGCUGAAGCUGCUGCUAGUUCUCCAGCUGGUGAAGGCGAAUGUAAUAUGCAUUGUAAAGAAGUUGAUGCUAUUGAAAAGCAAAUGUGUGCUGAUGGUGAUCUCAUCUGUCUUUGUCAAUUGUCCACUGAACAAUACUGGGAACAUGUUCACGAUUGUAACUGUAUCAAUGACAAAAACUUGUCCAUUGAAGAAAUCAAAGCUCAAGUCUGUAACUCUACUGAUGCUACCGAUGCUACUGAUGCUGCUGCUGCUGCUUCUUCUUCUUCUUCUCCAGCUGCUGAUGAAGGUACUCCAGCUGUUGCCGGUGGUGAUAUCCCUACUUUAGCUACAAUUCCAGAAGAUUCUUCUUAUGGAGGAGAUUCAAACAGUACAGGAUUUGUUCCACAAGUCGCCCUUCAAAAUGAAAACCUGGGUUCUAAAAACGCCAUCCUUUCCAUUGGUGCUGUUGCUGUUAUCAUGGCAAACUUUUUAUAG